AUACGUCAAUCAAACACAGACCUCGCACUCAGUUGUAGAGUGAAGGGAGCAGGUUGAAAAGAGCAGAAUUAUACAAUCAUAUACUAUCGGUUGCAGGUUGUAACCGGACUUAACACGCAAGCUGGAAGGUCUCAGUGCAGCGUGGGUGCCCCGGGAUCCACUGCCUGAGUGUGGGGAGAGCAGCGGCCUAGACCCCAAAGACAUGAACCACACCAAGGGCGGCCUGGUCAUCUUCACGGCCAACUCGCACCCCUCCAGCCGCGAGCUGAGCAAGAGAAUUGCAGAGCGGUUGGGGGUGGAGCUCGGUAAGGUGCAGGUAUACCAGGAAGCUAACAGAGAAACACGGGUACAAAUCCAAGAGUCUGUGCGAGGCAAAGAUGUCUUUGUGAUCCAGACUGUGUCCAAGGAUGUGAACACCACUAUAAUGGAGAUGCUGAUCAUGGUGUAUGCGUGCAGGACAUCGUGUGCCAGAAGCAUCACCGGUGUCCUCCCCUACUUCCCCUACAGCAAGCAGUGUAAGAUGAGGAAAAGGGGCUCCAUCGUCUCCAAGCUCAUCGCCUCUAUGAUGUGUAAAGCUGGUCUCACUCACCUGAUCACCAUGGACCUUCAUCAGAAAGAGAUCCAAGGCUUCUUCAACAUCCCAGUGGACAAUCUGAGAGCCUCGCCAUUCCUGCUGCAGUACAUACAGGAGGAGAUUCCCGACUAUAGAAACGCUGUGAUAGUGGCCAAAUCGCCAUCUUCUGCCAAAAGGGCUCAGUCGUUUGCAGAACGUCUGCGUCUGGGUAUCGCAGUGAUCCACGGCGAAGCUCAGGACGCAGAAUCAGACCAGGUAGACGGGCGACACUCCCCGCCCACCGUCAAGACCACUGGAGCCAUUCACCCCAGCAUGGAGAUACCAUUGUUGAUCCCUAAAGAGAAGCCUCCCAUCACUGUGGUAGGAGAUGUAGGAGGACGCAUCGCCAUCAUUGUGGACGACAUCAUCGAUGAUGUGGACAGUUUUGUUGCAGCAGCAGAGACACUGAAGGAAAGAGGGGCCUACAAGAUUUAUGUCAUGGCAACACAUGGCAUCCUGUCCUCGGACGCUCCCAGGUUGAUAGAGGAGUCUGCGAUCGAUGAGGUGGUGGUGACCAACACGAUGCCACACGAGCUCCAGAAGCUCCAGUGUCCAAAAAUCAAAACGGUGGACAUCAGCAUGAUCCUGUCAGAGGCCAUCCGCCGCAUCCACAACGGAGAGUCCAUGUCAUACCUGUUCCGCAACAUCGGAGUGGAUGACUAAACAACCUGUCUCCCCCUCUCUCUCUCCCUGGCACACUCACACACGAUUCCCACUUGCCUUCUCAAACGUCUCCAGUCACAUGGAUGAAUGGUUACCAUAGAUACUCGCAUAAAUACCCAGUGCCCUUUUUGUAUCAUAAUGUACAAAUAUAAAAUAUUGACUUUUCCUCUGUCCUAGUGCAGCUUAACGUAGACGACGACUGAAUACACACACACACACACACUCGUGCACAUAUAUGAGCUAACACUUCCACAGAGUAGUUUAGUUUCAUAGUUCUAGCUGAACACACACACUGAACUACUUCCUGUCUCGCCGAUGGCUGCCCUUUUUUUGCCAAAAUACAUCUCAGUUUUUACUCUCGUCUUUCUGAAUAACUCCUUUAGUUACGUCUCCAUCUUCCUCCGUUAAUAUUGAUGUCAAAUCUGUGUUAGAACAUGAUCUUUGUUGGCAUUGAAUGUCUCUAUCUGAUGCUGUUAGUAAAGGAGAGUAUACUGCUAGAAUGCCAGUGCCUUUUACAGGACAGACGAUUCAAACUGGCCCUUGUAAUUAAUCCAGGUUUAUGCAGGUUCCCAGUGUAGGGUAAUGGAGUACGUGUUUCAGUUCUAAUCUCGGUCAGUUUUUGUUUUAUUUACGAUGUGAAUGAAUGUGCUACUAAUACAGUUAGCUUAGACUCAGUUACAUGUCUGUGUGGUUGCCAUAGCACUUAGAUGCUAAUCUGGUUUUAAUGCUAAGAACCUUUUACUAGCAGCGCACCUGAGAAAAUCUACCUACAACUCAUUAUACACCAAAGUGUGUGCCAUCGUUUUCAAUGUGUCCUCAUAUUUAUUUGUUCAUGCAACACAUGAGCAGUUUACACUCAGAUGGGUCAAAAAAAUAAAGAAACUCGCAGGUCUGAAUGGUCACCACAGCUUUACUCUUUAGGUAAUAGUGGGAGUUUUGUUCAAACUGCAGCUGAAGCUGCCGAAGUUAAAAAUCUGAAAGUUUUGUUUUCUUGUGAGGAGCAAAAGCUGACAGGAACAGGUCUUUGUCACGUUACCAGAUGUGUUCCAAAAAAAUGUUUUGUAUUUAUUUUCAGCACUCAAUCUGAAUAAAAAUGAUCUAUGAAAGAACA